UUGCAGAAGCUGCUCUCCCUCCCUGGUCAGACUGACCCUAUCUCCUUCUCAACUUCUGAGAUAAUCAGCAGAAUAAUUUAAUGGAAUUAGCACAUCACCUUAUUCUGCUCACUGCCUGCAAUGAAGCCUAUUACUCCUACAUUAUCCAAGACAUUUGCUUGGAGACCUUCAGAUUUCAGAUGACUGAUAUCGGACAGAAGCUCUGGUGUGACUGGGAAGCCACAUUAAGUUACUAUUGGGAUCUCACCAACUGCACAUUCCUGAUUGCCAACAAGAUGGACUGUUUUUGGCCGAACCAAGUGGUGGAUCAAUUCUUUGUCACCGUCCACAAAGAAUACUUUGCAAACUGUUCAGUGUCUGGGAGAGGUCUGGGGGAUCCCCCAAACAACAUCAUAGGACCUUUCAUUAUGAUCCCAGUGAUGGUCACGUUGCUUAUGACAGCACUUGUGGUCUGGAGAAGCAAACAAAAUGAGGGCAUUGUCUAAAGGCUUUACAACCUCUUCUCGCUGUAGAGGACACCACAAGGUUUAACCUUGAUCUAGCCAAUUUUACAUAGGAGAACAUCAACAAUAGGUUGGGCUUUCAGAAGCUCAAGGUGAAUCCAAACUCACUGUUGAAUGAUCCUCUGGUACCUAAACAGCAAGUGGAAAACACAAGACAUUCUUGGUACUACUGCUCCUAAUCAGGGAUAUAGGUCAAGUUUAACAAAUUGUUUCAAAAAUUCUGUAUUAUCUUUCAAACCUUAGUACUUGGUCAAAGUUUAAAUCACCUGGAACCAGCUAUUAAACAUUUGUGAUGUUAGUGAUGAGUUUGACAAAUUUUAGACCGUGUGAGAUCAAUACAUGCUAAGCACUGAACUCUCAAAGAGGCUAUACCAGAUUCACAGUGUGCUGAAGUCAUGUUUUCUUUUCUAGGUAAUACAUUACUGCAAGUUAUUGAUGUAUUCAUGCAAACGUUGGUAUCUAUGGUGCAAGACAUGAAUCUUUGUUCCUGAUGAGUGAAUGAAUUGACCGAGCAUUGUGUUAUUUUAGGCUGCAGAAACAAAUAUAGUCAACCCAUUAAUGCCCAUAAAACAAGAAGAGUGAGGUGAAAAAAAAGUUGCCAGAAAAAUUAUAGCUGAAGAGCCAGCAAAAUGUAAUUUUUAUUUUAAUCCAGGAUACCAAUUUUGUGAUUUUUCAUUAUUUUGAAAACCUAACCUGUUAAGCAGUCUCACUGCUUUCUGAACACAAAACAUUGUAUGAACAGUUAGUAGGUGAGGUUCUAAGUUGGCACUUGGGUUGACAAGUUUUUUGAUCGGAAACACAUUCAAAACAUUUCAAAGGAAAAUGAACAAAAGGUUAAAGAGGAAAAUUUUACACGUCUAUGUUGAAAAGAACAGGUGUCUAAUUGAACAGUUAUUGUACAUCUUCUCUAGAACUGGUUCCAUUUUGAUCUAUGCUAAACUUGGCCUUCAACGAGGGUGAUGAUGGGGAGAGACUAUAAUUGCUACGAAUGUUUUUACGCAGGAAUGGAACAUUAUUAGCACUUCCUACUGCUGUUGUUUAACCAUUGUCCCUGCUAGAAAGCACAAAUUUGAAUGUUCACGGAGGCUAGAAUUGGAAUAGGCUUUGUUUGUCGUCAAAUAGCCUUCAGGCUUCAGUGUGUGGAUCAGCCCAUAAAGAAUGCAACUACUUUCCAAAAAGAUUGAAGAUUCUUAAGAGGGAAUAGGAAGAGAAAACUUUAAAAGGAAUGCUUUUGUGAAAAUUGGUUCAGAGAAAAAUGUUCACCAAUAGGACCUAUUAGGUAAAUGUAAAGUUACUAUAGUCCCAGAGGGCUACUGGGCUGCUGUCUUAUUAGAAAGAGCCAUUUGGUGAUGGUUUAACCUGUAGGUCACCACAUCUCAGACAAAGGGAGAGGAAGGAAAAUCCCUAUUGUAACACUUACGAAAGAUAUAUUAAACCAAUAGAAAGCACCAGAGCCUCAGAAAUGCUCAGCAGCAAAUUAAAAACAUAAAACAUUAGAAUGUUGGAUAGCCAGGCAAUAACAGAGACAGAAAUAAUGUUUCACAAGAAGUGGGAGAGGUGAGGGAUAUAAAACAGGAUAUCAACAAAACCAGGGCAAAUGAUGGGGGGGAUGGGGAGGUGGAAGAGAAGGCGAGGGAGACAAAGAACAAAAAGGAAGAUCUGUGAUCAGGUAAAAAGCAGGAGAGAUUAAUUAACAAAUGGGGGUGAUAGCACAUAGAACAUUACAGCGCAGUACAGGCCCUUUGGCCCUUGAUGUUGCGCCAACCUGUGGAACCAAUCUGAAGCCCAUCUAACCUACACUGUUCCAGUUUAAUCCAUAUGUUUUUCCAAUGACCUUUUAAAUACCCUUAAAGUUGGUGAGUCUACUCCUGUUGCAGGCAGUGCGUUUCAUGCCCCUACUACUGAGUAAAGAAACUACCUUUGACAUCUGUCCUUGAUGGGGCAAGGCAAAAUGGAAAUGGUAAAGGGGGGAGGGAGAAACAUAGCCAGAUUGGUGUGGUUGUUUACUGUAGGAUGAAUGCAGGAGAGUACAGGCGUAGGAAAACCCUUAUAAAAUAGGACAGGGUUGUCUGGGAAUGUGUAGAGGGUGAACACUAGAGGCCUGGGCCAAAGUUUGGUUGUUUACAAAAAUGCCCAGCCCAAGCAGUAGCAUGCAUCUGUGCACAGUUGCUCUACUGCAGUCAUCCUGUAGAUGCACACACUCUAAGAAAUUGGUAGCCAUGACAAAGAUCUGAAGUUGCAAAACUCAACAUUAAGGAUAGUAGUUGAGUGCUUAAGAUAAGCUUCUGUUAAAAUUCAUUGGAUUAGUAUAUGAAAUUGAGUGUAGAGAGGUCAAAGUGGAAAGGAGAAUUAAAGCAGGUCAGGUCAUGCUGCAGUAAUCACCUCCUCAACAUUAGAGAAACCAAAUGUAGAGGAGACUGCAUUAUGAGCAACAAAAACAGUGUAUUAAGCUUGGACCAUGGUAUUAGUUGGGGAGUGAUAAUAAUGACAGAGGGUGCAAUACCAGAUGUAAUUGUCUAGCCCUAGUAGUAGUCACCAAACAUGCAUGGACUAGUAACUUGACAGUACUGUGAGUGGGCAUCAACCUGAUAUAUCCUUUAUGUGGAAGUCCACAUCAUGGUAUCAUCACUCUCAUCAACAGUCUGUUACCUCAUCAAAUUCUCAAAACAAGUUAAACAUGGUUUGCCUUUAACAAAUCUGCGAUGGCUUGCCUUAAUUAGAGAAGAUUUUCAUAAGUAACUGUUAAUAUUGUUUGAAAUUGUUUUUCCAAUGAGGUUAAACUGACUAGUCUGAAGUUGCUGGGUUUGAACAAAGGUGCAGCAUUUGAUAUUUUCCAGUCAUCUGGCAUCAGCCUUGUUGUAUCUAAAGAGGAUUGGAAGAUUAUGGCCAGCACCUCUGUAAUUUCCACCUUAUAGCAUUUGGUAUCCUCAGAUCCUCUGAUAAUUUAAAAAAAAUUCAAAUUUAAGUACAGCCAAUCUUCAAAAGCUACCCUUUCUAGUGUCUCACCUAUCUCCUUUCUCACUAUAACUUUGACAGCAUCUUCUUUGUCAAAGACAGAUGCUGGUAUUUAUCUGGUACCUCAGCCAUGGAAUCUGCCUCCAGUUGUAGAUCACCUAUUUUGUCCACCUCCUGUUAAUAAACUUAUACUUAAAUACUUAUAGAAAACUUUUGAAUUCUCUUUUAUUUUGGUUGCUAGUCUUUUUAAAACUCUCCUCUCUGCUUCUAUCACAGAUGACUAACUUGGCUUGCAGUAGUGUUCGGCAAUACAGAUUUUAUGUAUCCUGGAUUCAUAUCUGAACGUACGUUAUCACAUAUAUGUACGAGAACUGGACAUCCAAUGUAAAAAUGCAAUAACUAGGAGCAGCAACACAUCAUUUGGCCCUUUUGAGUUUACUCCACGAUUCCAUAAAAUCAUGGUUGGUUGCCAUUCUCAACUCCAUUUCCCUUACACACCUGGAUCUAUUGAUUUCACAAGAGCUGAUAACCUAUUCAUCUCAGUUUUGAAUGCUCUAAAUGACUAGAAGGGUUGGAGCAGCACAGUGGUAA